CGCACUCGUCAACUCACCAGAGCCACAAAUACAGGUCGGUGCACUGCUCUGUUCGCCAUAGAAAUCCCACUCCCUCGCCGACCAUCAGAGCCGAAAAUCUCCGCCAAAGUUGAACGGAGCACGCCUGGACAGACCCAAUCCCGUCCAAUCGCCGCCCAUGGCGAUGGCGGUGUCGGCUGCAGCCCCCGCAAUUCCCAUAUCCGCCUUGCGGGGCCGUCGCUCCCGGACGUUCAGGGCGACGGCGGCGAACAAGCCGGAGCAAUCUCGAGCCAUCGGGAACUUCCGCCACUUCAAGGACGCGGUUAAGAAGGACUUCGAUUUCAUGAGGAAGGGAAUCAGGAAAGGGGUCGAGUGGGCGAACGAGGCCUUGCGCAUUCCAAAGGUUGCGAGAGCUCUGGACGAUGUUCUGUGGCUCAGGACGCUGGAAAGACCUGAUGAGCCGCCGCCGGAGCCCUCUCCUUGGCCGCAGCCGUGGUAUCCCGAGCUCUCGGGUUUGCACUUGCUUAUGGCUGACGUCAAAGCCAUGGAGGCAUACAUUUCUUACUUCUACUGUCUUUCUCGUGUCUGGUCGAAGGCCCUUCCCGAAACCUAUGACCCAGAAGGUGUUGCUGACUACUUUAUUUGCAGGCCUCAUGUAGUGGCCCUUCGACUCAUUGAGGUGUUGUCAGCCUUGGCCUCCGCUGCAAUCAGAAUUCGAACAACAGGAGUCACUAAAUCCUUAAUACGGCGAGUUAAUAAGGAAUCUAGUGGGAAUAUCUCACAAUAUGAUUUCGGGCUGGUUUUGAAAGAGACGAUGUUAAAUUUGGGCCCAACUUUCAUCAAAGUGGGCCAGUCCCUUUCUACGAGGCCAGAUAUAAUUGGUACUGAAAUUUCAAAGGCAUUGUCUGAGCUGCAUGAUCAAAUACCUCCUUUUCCCAGGGUUGUGGCAAUGAAAAUCAUGGAGGAAGAGCUAAGCUCUCCUGUACAAUCAGUCUUCAGUUACAUCUCUGAUGAACCUGUAGCAGCAGCAUCAUUUGGUCAGGUCUAUCGUGGAAAGACUGUUGAUGGCUUUGAUGUUGCAGUGAAAGUUCAGCGACCUAAUUUGCAUCAUGUGGUGGUCCGUGAUAUCUAUAUUCUGCGUCUUGGGCUGGGGUUACUGCAAAAGAUAGCAAAGAGAAAAAGUGAUCUCCGGCUUUAUGCUGAUGAGCUCGGGAAAGGUUUAGUGGGAGAGCUGGAUUAUACUUUAGAGGCAUCAAAUGCUUCUGAAUUUCUGGAAGUUCAUUCCUCCUUCUCUUUCAUACAUGUGCCCAAAGUUUUCAAACAGCUGACUAGAAAGAGGGUUCUGACAAUGGAGUGGAUGGUUGGUGAGAGCCCAACUGACCUAAUCUCAGUUGCCACUGGGUAUUCUGUGGAACGUGGCUCUUACUACUCAGAGAAGCAAAAACACGAGGCCAAAAGGCGGCUUCUUGAUAUGGUGAACAAAGGGGUGGAGGCAUCUUUGAUUCAGCUCCUCGAAACAGGCUUGCUUCAUGCUGACCCACAUCCUGGAAACUUGCGCUACACAUCAUCAGGAAAACUAGGCUUUCUGGAUUUUGGUCUGCUUUGUCGGAUGGAAAGGAGACAUCAAUUCGCAAUGCUUGCUUCUAUUGUGCACAUAGUAAAUGGGGAUUGGGCUUCCCUUGUCCAAGCAUUGACUGAAAUGGAUGUUGUGAGGCCAGGAACUAAUCUUCGUAGAGUUACCCUGGAUUUGGAGUAUGCUCUGGGUGAAGUUGAGUUUCGAGAUGGGAUUCCUGAUGUCAAGUUCAGUAGGGUUUUAGGUAAAAUAUGGUCAAUUGCCCUCAAGUAUCACUUUCGCAUGCCACCGUACUACACUUUGGUGCUUCGUUCUCUAGCUUCCUUGGAAGGCUUGGCUGUAGCGGGAGAUAGGAAUUUCAAGACAUUCGAAGCUGCCUAUCCAUAUGUGGUCAGGAAGCUUCUCAUGGAAAAUUCUGUGGAGACAAGGAGAAUCCUACACUCGGUAGUUUUCACUAAGAAGAAGGAGUUUCGGUGGGAGCGGCUCUCUCUUUUCCUAAGGGUUGGCACAACUAGGAAAACCUUACAAGGGUUGGUUGCAUCCAACGCUGAAGCUUCAGUUGAUUUGGUUCCAAAGAGUAGUACCGGUGCUGUCAAUAUGGCAAACUUGGUCUUGAGACUUCUGCCUUCUAAAGAUGGUGUCAUACUCAGAAGACUCUUAAUGACUGCUGACGGAGCUUCAUUGGUUCAAGCAAUGGUGUCAAAGGAGGCAGUCUUCUUCCGCCAGCAACUUUGUGGGGUAAUUGCAGAUACACUCUACAAGUGGAUGUCUGAUGCUAUUGGGCUGUGCAGUAUGGUACCAGCCAACCGUGAAGCACCUGUUCAGGAUCAUCAGGUCAUAUUGAGAGAUCGACGUAUUAGAGUCAUUGCCUUGAAAGCGCUGGGUGAUGCAAGGAGAGAUCCUCUGCUGAUGCUGAGACUCUGUUGGGUUUCCUUUGUGAUGGGCCUCACUGCUUCUGCCAUGGCUUGUCAUCGGGUUAUUGUGAACUUGUCGGAGGCAUAUUUUGGCCCAAUAUCUUUGGUUCCCAAAAGAUUCGCUAUCAGUGCAUGAUGAUCUCUUCCGACAUUGUCCGACUGGCCCCAUUUUAUUUUAUUUUCCAAGUAGAGUGGCGUAGAGUAUCAUCAGUGGGAAGCUGAUUAACCUUGGUGAAGAAGACGGGUUCAAGUUCCUUUUGCAUUGAAAAUCUGCAGCUUCAGGCUACACUAUUUUUUGCCUGGUACAUAGUGUAGAUUACAUUAAUCAGGAUUGCGACAAUUGUCAGAAACAAUAGUAAGGCUCAAUCCUCUAUCGUUCAAUUGUAGGGCAAGUGAUUUACUGUCCCUCUUAAUGCACAAUUUGAAUGCCAUAGAUUUGAUCGAUCGGUCUCUACUUUCA